AUCAAGACUACAAAGUACAACAUCAUCACCUUCCUGCCUAAGAAUCUGGCGGAGCAGUUCAGACGUCUCUUCAACGUCUUCUGGCUCAUUCAGUGUGUGAUAUCAUUGAUACCCAGCAUUGCUGCGUAUUCAGCUGUCACGACUAUCAUGGGCCUGGUGAUUGUGCUGGUCAUCAGCAUGUUGAAAGACGGGUACGAGGAUUACAGGAGGUACGUUUCGGACAAGGAAGCCAACACGCAGCCGGUGUAUGUGUUUCGAGAUGGGAAGUUCGAGAUGAUAUUUGCGGAGAAUCUCCUAGUUGGAGACAUUGUUCGUGUUGAGAAGAAUCAGGUGUUUCCGGCGGACAUGGUCAUGGUUUCAAGCUCGGACCCGUCGGGGAUCACCUUUGUCGAGACGUCAAACCUGGAUGGAGAGAGGAAUCUCAAGCGCAUGUAUGCUCUCGAUCAUACAAAGUCGCUGCAAGACGAGGCCUCGCUCCUCAAUCUGCAGGGCGAAAUCUUUGUUGAGAAGCCGAAUCCUUAUCUUUAUGAAUUCACUGGACAAUGGAAGAUGCUUCAUGAUUCACAUCCUUCGCAUGACCUUCGCGCCAUGUUCCCCAUCUCCGUCGAGAACGUCUGUCUGCGCGGGGCUCGUUUGAAGAAGACAAGCUGGGCAGUCGGGAUCGUCGUGUAUGCGGGGAUGGAAUCCAAGCUUGCAAAAAACUCAAGUGCCGCGAGAACGAAAUUCUCCACGAUGGACAAGACGCUGAACUUUUGCAUCGCCAUGCUCUUCGUCUUCCUCACGAUCCUGUCCCUAGCCCUCAUGGGAGGAUCGUACGCUGUCGCUCCCUCUACAAACAACUACUUCUACCUGCAGAACGCCUCUCAGAGCAGCCAAAACCUCUUCCUCAACUUCUUCACCAACUUGAUGCUUCUCAACACCUUCAUCCCCCUGUCUCUCAUGGUCACGCUCGAGGUUUCCAUCUUCCUGCAGUCUUUCUUCAUGCAGUGGGACGAUGACUUGUGGUCUGAGGAGCGAGGAAACAUGCGGGUGUUGACUUCUAACCUCAACUCCGAGCUCGGCAUCAUCGAAUACGUCUUCUGUGACAAGACGGGAACGCUUACCAAGAACCAGAUGGUCUUCAAGGGCUGCUCCGUGUACGGCCGAGUUUUCUCAGAGGUCAUGGACGGUCAGCUUGCAGAGGCUAUGGGGAGUCAGGAGACGACGCCGCAGCUGCAGCGAUCCCUGCUCACCUUCAUGGAGGCUCUUACCAUCUGCAACGACGUCGUUCCGGAGAUAUCCAAGGACAUCGACAGCACGCUUGACCUCGCCUCCUCUGACCCGACGACCUUCGUCAGCUCCAGCCCAGACGAGAUCGGCCUUGUUGAGGUCUCGAUGAGCGCGCUUGUGAUUAUCCUGGAUGACAACGGUCGAACGAUCGAGUACAAAGUCUUACAUGUCAUCGAGUUCACACCUGAGAGACGCCGUAUGUCAGUCCUGAUUCAGAGAAAGGAUGGGACAAGAAUGUUGUUGAGCAAAGGGGCAGACAUGGCCAUGCUCCCUCUAUGCAAAGACAACACAGACGCAGCAGUACUCGAGAAGAUGAUGAAGGUGAUGAAAACAUCUUUCUGCCUUUUCCCGUUUUGCCGACCCUUUCGACCUUAUGAGUUCAUCGCCUUUGAAACCUCCUUCCUCCGCACCAGCAGCUUGUUCGAUCGCCGCAAGGAGGAGGUAGCGCGGCUCUAUGACACCCUCGAGAGGGAUCUUACCUGCCAUGGCGUGACGGCGGUUGAAGACAAACUGCAGGAGGAAGUGCCGGAGACUGUCCAGUACCUGAUCCGUGCGGGCAUGCACGUAUGGAUCCUGACGGGAGACAAGCUUCAGACUGCCCUGACCAUCGCCUAUUCCUCCUCCAUCAUCUCCUCCGACAUGGCGCUCUCCGUCAUCGACUCGUCCACCUGGGAGGAGCUGGAGCAGGAGCUGAGGAGAGCGAGGGAGGAGCCGCCGGGGCCGCAAGGGAAGGCACUUGUGAUAGGAGGAGCCGCUCUCGCGCUUGCUCAGACGAGAGCGGAGGAGGAACUGGUUGCGCUCUGCCAGGCAUGCACAGUCAUCGUCUGCGCCCGCUGCGCUCCCGUGCAGAAGGCGCAGGUGGUGGACCUGGUGAUUCGGAAGCUCAACAAAGUCUCGCUAGCCGUGGGGGAUGGAGGGAACGACGUUCCGAUGAUCCUGGCGGCCAACGUGGGCAUCGGCAUCAUGGGGAACGAGGGGAUGCAGGCGGCUCGGUCCUCCGAUUUCGCCAUCGGGGAGUUCCGGCACUUGAAGAAGCUGCUGGCAGUGCAUGGAAGACAUUCCUGCCUGCGCACGUCGGAGCUGAUCAAGUACUCCUUCUUCAAGAACAUCUGCUUCUGCUCCCCCCAGGUUGUCUACUUCUUCUACACGCUCUUUUCCUCCACCACCAUCUACAGCGCCUGGAUCAUCCUGGGGUUCAACAUCAUCUUCACCGGGCUUCCUCCCUUCGCUCUCGCCAUUUUCGAGAAAGACCUGACGCAUGACGUCAUCUCCCUCUACCCCGAGCUCUACUGCACCAGCGACAGGAAGCAGCCCCUCAGCCUCUGGUCCUUCUUCGUGUGGGAGCUUCAGGCUUUCCUCCAGGGCGUCGUCCUCACCCUGGGCAUCAUCUACUCCAUGGCGAGCUUUCAGACUGCCCCCUACGUGGAGGACGGGAAGGUCGCGAGCGCGGACGGUGUCGGGAUGCUGCUGGCAGAGGCGGUUGUCUGGGCUGUGACGCUCAAGAUCAUCGUGUUCCUGCGGCACUGGACCAUCAUCACGCACGUUUGCAUCUGGCUCUCCCUCUUCGCCUUCUACAUGGUCCUCCUCAUCCUCAACACCUUCUUC